GGCCGAGCAGAUAGUCCAUGUGGAGCGGCUGAUUUAGCUAGCAUCCGUCAAUCAACCGCGUCGAAGCAUGAUCACUGUUUAGUAGAGGAGCAUUGAAGGAAUUAAUCUGCAUUCUUCAAGUUCUCUUAGGCCAUAUGGGAUACGGGUUCGAGGUUGGUAUUCCGGGAAUAGUAGUCGAAGGUCUUGCUAUGGCGAAGGGCGCGUCUCUCGCCGUCAAUGGCGUCAACGGCGCUGCAAACGGUUUUUCUCGCGAGACGACAGUAUUCGACAUUAUCGCGCGUGUCCUGAAGGAUGACGCACUCCACGACGACCACAUUUGCGAGCACGCUUCCAAGUGGACGGUUAACCUGUUUAAUGCCGACCUGUGGCGCAAGAUUGAGGAGCUCAUGCACCUCGUCACCUCAUUCCUCAUUCUCGCGCCCAACAUCACACCCCUCACACGGCGCUCGCAAGAGCUCUUCCUUGCUCACGCUUCGCCAUCUUCCUCGGGACCUACUCCAUGUUCGACCGCCCGCCGCUCACCGUCGCCGAGUUUUCCCGGUCCGCCUCUACCAAGGCCGCUGCGUCCACUGCCCAAGCCCAAGACGUUCGUGUGCGUGUUCUACACCGACCUCGGUCUGCUGCAGACCUAUGCGGAGACAGUCGCCGCUCAGAUAAGGGUGCAGUUUGAGGAUGGCGAGUCCGCGUGUCUCGUGAAGUUGUCCCUCGAGCUCAUGACUCGCUCGGAGCUGCACCUCGUCAUGAUGUUGGGCUUCUUGAUGAUGUCGGGCUCCGUCCUGAGCAUGUACGUCUCCAUGGGCGUCCCCAUGCAGACCCUCACCACCUCGGCAGUGAGCAUGUCGGUGGUGACCGCGAUCAGCAAGCUGUGCAUGCCCGAGGUAGACGAGCCCGCCAUGCACGGGCAGGUCAUCAUUGGCUGCGGCUCAGCAGAUGAUAAAGACAGGCUGUCAAACACGUCGGAUAUAUUUUCCGAGGAGCACAUAGGCGGUAGCGUUACCUACGUUGGUUGAUGAUAAUGAUAAUUGUUUCGACU